AUGAGUGGGUCUCCACUGUACGCGCCUUACGAAGCGGAGUACUUUUCAUAUACGACGUUUAACACUCAAAAGAUUUUGAGUCUAACUUUGGCUCGCGUUCGGGCCUUUCUGACAGACCGAGGCUUCCUGUCCUCGCCAGCCUCUGACAGUGGAGACUCACCUCUUCGGGAGUUGGCUGCAAGACUCAUCUGUCAGAUAAGACCGCGGUCGCUCCACCGUGUAGGAAUUCUAAUUAAACUUAUACAGCAUUCAGACAGCCUUACAUAG